CGCGAGGCCGCGCCCUAGUUCACGCGGGUGUUGUGCACGCGGUUGUAGCUUUCUAGCGGCGGGAGAAACCGCACUAGAGCUGGGGGACGUGUUGUUGCGCUCGUGUGGUUAUGGAGGCGCCGCCGCCGCGGCUUAUAGCCGCGAGAAGUCCGGCUCCUCGUUGGAGCGGAAAGCUGCUUCUGCUGCCAGUGCUGCUGUUCCUGCUGCCGAUUGGGGCUCUGCGGGGCUUGGAGACGGAGGAGAGGCCCCGGAGCCGCGAAGAAGAGUGCCACUUCUAUGCUGGUGGACAAGUGUACCCGGGAGAGACGUCCCGGGUAUCAGUCGCAGACCACUCCCUGCACCUAAGCAAAGCCAAGAUUUCUAAGCCAGCACCUUAUUGGGAAGGAACAGCAGUGAUAAAUGGAGAAUUUAAGGAGCUCAAAUUAACAGAUUAUCGUGGAAAAUACUUGGUCUUUUUCUUCUACCCACUUGAUUUCACAUUUGUGUGUCCAACUGAAAUCAGCUUUGGUGAUAGAAUUGAAGAAUUCAGAUCUAUAAAUACUGAAGUGGUGGCAUGUUCCGUUGAUUCACAGUUUACCCAUUUGGCCUGGAUUAAUACCCCUCGAAAACAAGGAGGACUUGGGUCAAUAAGAUUUCCACUUCUUUCAGACUUGAACCAUCAGAUCUCAAAAGACUAUGGUGUAUAUCUGGAGGACUCAGGCCACACUCUUAGAGGUCUCUUUAUUAUUGAUGACAAAGGAAUCCUGAGACAGAUUACUCUGAAUGACCUUCCUGUGGGUAGAUCAGUGGAUGAGACACUACGUUUGGUUCAAGCAUUCCAGUAUACCGACAAACAUGGAGAAGUCUGCCCUGCUGGCUGGAAACCUGGUAGUGAAACAAUCAAACCUGAAGAUGCCAUGAAAGCCUGGUGGCCAAGAAAAGAGCUAUAAUCCCAGAUCCAGCUGGAAAACUGAAGUAUUUUGAUAAACUAAAUUGAAAAAUACUUCAUCAAGUUUUAAUGCUUGAAAAUUCUCAAUAAAGGUCACUGUUUUAUUAUCA